AUGAGGCGAGUGUGCGUGCGCAUGCAUCUCUCACAACCCGUGGAAAGAAUGGGAUGGGUAAUGGGAUGUUGUCGCCGCAAGCAACGUUUCAGAGAGCGGCUAUUUAGUUGUAUUUAUUGGUUGGUUGGUACUUUGUACUUAUUUCCUUCGACUCAUAUGAUUAAGGAGAGGGAAGAGGUAAGCAGACUUGCCCUUUGGUUUUUUUUUAAAAAAUUACUCACCCAGUUGAAGUGUCAUUGGCUCCCGCCAGACGUAGCACACCGCCAGGACUGGAAGUGUUGA